CUCUCCUGCUCACUGCUAUGACCAGUCCACUGGAAGAUGCAAUGGACACCUUGAUCAGGAUUUUCCAUCACUACUCCGGUAAAGAAGGAGACAGAUACAAGCUCAGCAAAGGAGAACUCAAGGAGCUUCUUACCAGUGAGCUCACUGACUUCCUUUCAGGCCACAAGGACCCCCUCCUGAUUGAUAAAAUUAUGAGUGACCUGGACUCCAAUAAGGACAACGAAGUGGAUUUUAAUGAAUUUGUCAUUCUGGUUGCUGCUUUGACUGUGGCAUGUAAUGAUUUCUUUGAAGAACAGCUAAAGAAAGAGAGAUUUUAAAAAUCCUCCGUGUAAUCAAUCUCCUGGCCACAAAUGUAAGCAAAGCAUGCCUAGUUAGGUUGCCCUCAUUAGUGUUUAGCGAAUGCAAACCAUCAUUCCUCCAACUGUUACUGCUCUAAGACAUUUAUGGAGCUAAUCAGCAGCUGGUGUAAGCUGGACCAUAGCCAGCUUGCACUACUUGAGAUGUGGCUUUUAAUAUUUCCAGUCUUUGCACUCCAUGCAUUUGUAACAUGCCUCCAUCAGUUGCCCAGGUCAAGGGCUUGGGGUGACAGAUCAUUUGGCACAACUUGAGACUUCUCUUUCUUCAAUGUCAGUGGAAAGUAAAAGGCAUGGGAAUGUAACUUGUAUACUUUCUGAAUGGAAAAAAAUUUGAAUGAGAUAUAACACUUGCAAUUUAAUUUUCAGUAAUUUUAUAAUAAUCUUAUUUUGCAGCUCAAAAACAGCAGAAUCUUUUUAGCUCAGCUCUGCUUAUUCUAAAACCUUUUUUAGCUGCUGCUCUCCACACUCGUAUUUCAGAUGUGGUCACAGCUGUCUCUUGCUGCUGAAGCAUACAAUACUGCUUGUCAUUGUUAUGGGUUCAUUUCCUCCAUGUCUCCAGCUUCAAUUUUGUUCUGCUGGCAUUGCUGCAUCCCAGUAGUCAACCUCUUCACUUGGCACAAAUGAAUUUAUUCGUAUCAUAAAUUAUUCAGAUGCAUAGAAGAUUUAGUCAGCAAAUUGUUUGGAGGGCUGAUGGAAGGACUGGGUCUUUGGGGGAAAUGUGUAAAUGCCUUCUGCCUUCACUACUCUGGCACAGUUAAAAGGAAGACUUUUAGGACUAUUUGUGGAGGAUUUAAUGAUGAAAUUCCAGGGUACAACUUUGUAACGUGAGUCAUCUAAGGGAAAAACUAUUAUUUCAUCUUACACUGAUCCCCACCCUGUAUGGAAGCAGGGGUUCCCUGGACCCCAUGGCCAGGCAAAGAGAGAUGAGGCCAACUCCUUCCAGUGUUAUCUUGCUCUUGGGUUAAGAGUAUUUACACACUCCUGUUUGCUUCUGAGGUCCUGCAAGUCAUCAAUGUCAGGAUAUUGUGGCUUUUCUGCAUGGAGAGCUCUGUUAUUUCCUUGUUAUUUUGUUGGUAACUUCAAACUGUA